AGCCGCAUUACGUGAACAAAUAGCGGGGGCGCAGCCAGCGGGGCUUGUGUAACUUUGCGAGCGUGCCAGCGAGUUUAAAGUCCCUGCUCUCCUCCUCCUCCUCCGCCUUCCCUCGCUGCAGACGCCCGCGCGGGCCGGAGGACGGUGAGAGGCUGGUUGUUUGCUCCGGCUCCCAUUCGCACCCCCUCGCCUAUAAAUACCGCGGAGAAGAGGAGCCGCUCCCGCCGCCUCCCCCGGGCCGGGCUCCCUCCCGACGGCCCGACCUGCCCGAUGGCACCGCCCGGCUGCCGCCGCUCCUGAGCGACCGGGAGCCCCCCGCCUUUCUUCCUCUUCCUCCUCCUCAUCCUCCUCGGAGGCCCGGCCCGGCCGGCGCCCCUUCUCCCGGCACCGGGGCGCCCCUCGCCCCCCUCUCGCCCCCCGUUCUCAGCUGCCUGCCCCCGCUGCGAGCGCCGAGAAGAUGCAUUUCUCCCGGCCGGGGCUCCUGCUCGCCCAGCUCCACGCGUGCAUCUACUGGAGCUGCCUCCGGCCCGCCGGCUGCCAGCAGCAGCAGCACCAGCAGCAGCAGCCGCCGCCGCGCCGCCCCGCCGCCGCCCCGCCGCCCCCCGCCGCCUGGAGGCAGCGGAUCCAGUGGGAGAACAACGGGCAGGUGUACAGCCUGCUCAGCCUCGGCUCCCAGUACCAGCCCCCGCGGCGCCGGCAGGCGGCCGAGCAGGCGGGCAGCCCCAUCCUGCUGCUCCGCAACAACGCCUCGCUGCCGCGGGGCGCCGCCGGCCGCCCUCCGGCCGCCGCGCACCCGCAGCCCGACGGCGGCACCCGCGGCUCCGGCGCUCGCCACUGGUUCCAGGCCGGCUACCAGCCGCCCGGCGACGACCCGUACAACCCGUACAAGUACACGGACGAUAACCCCUACUACAACUACUACGACACCUACGAGAGGCCCCGCCAGGGCAGCAGGUACAGGCCCGGCUACGGCACCGGCUACUUCCAGUACGGUCUCCCUGACUUAGUCCCGGAUCCCUAUUACAUCCAGGCGUCCACGUACGUCCAGAGGAUGUCCAUGUAUAACUUGAGAUGUGCUGCCGAGGAGAACUGCCUGGCAAGUUCAGCUUAUCGAGCAGAUGUUAGAGACUAUGAUAAUCGAGUGCUCCUGAGGUUCCCACAAAGAGUGAAAAACCAAGGCACAUCGGAUUUUCUACCAAGCAGACCCCGUUAUUCAUGGGAGUGGCACAGCUGUCACCAACAUUAUCACAGCAUGGAUGAGUUCAGUCACUAUGACUUGUUGGAUGCGAGCUCACACAGAAAAGUUGCUGAAGGACACAAAGCAAGCUUCUGUCUUGAAGAUACCUCCUGUGAUUACGGGUAUUAUAGACGAUAUGCAUGUACAGCACACACGCAGGGAUUGAGCCCUGGCUGUUAUGACACGUACAAUGCUGACAUAGAUUGCCAGUGGAUUGAUAUCACAGAUGUGAAACCUGGAAAUUACAUUCUGAAGGUCAGUGUAAACCCCAGCUACUUGGUACCUGAAUCCGAUUACUCCAACAAUAUCGUACGCUGUGAUAUACGCUAUACUGGCCACCACGCAUAUGCCUCUGGCUGUACAAUUUCACCGUGA